GCAGACACCCUGCAGGAGGAGGGGAACCCGCGGCAGCUUCUCUUGCCUCGCUCUGGAUUCUGGGUCAAACAUCUGGCAGCGGGUUUGGGGACGGUCCAGAUGAGCCUCAAACGAUGACGCGCUGGUUGUGAAGGCCGUUUACAGCAGCAGGUGAGAACCAGGUGAGGCGAUGGCGGCGUGGUUGGCUCGGCUGUCGCUGGGAGACGCCUGGUACGGCAUGUACUCCCGCCUGCUGAGGACCAAACCCGUGGGCUCCAUGGGCCACGGCGCAGACGACCUCACCGAGAUGGCGGAGGGGUCCGCUGUGGGACUGGCGAAGGUCCUGACCACUGUGGACCUGGUGUCGCUUGGCGUGGGCAGCUGCGUGGGUACGGGGAUGUACGUGGUGGCCGGGCUGGUCGCCAAAGCCAUGGCCGGGCCGGGGGUCAUCCUGUCCUUCAUCAUCGCAGCGGUGGCCUCCAUACUGUCAGGGGUCUGCUACGCAGAGUUUGGGGUCCGGGUCCCCAAAACGACGGGCUCGGCCUACACUUACAGCUACGUGACAGUUGGGGAGUUUGUGGCCUUCUUCAUCGGCUGGAACCUGAUCUUGGAGUACCUGAUCGGCACGGCGGCGGGGGCGUCGGCUCUCAGCAGCAUGUUCGACUCGCUGGCCAAUCACAGCAUCAGUAACUACAUGAUAACACACCUGGGCACGCUCCGAGGACUCGGUAAGGGUGAGGACACGUACCCCGACCUGCUGGCCCUGUUCAUCGCCCUGCUGGUCACCGCCAUCGUUGCUCUCGGUGUGAGGAACUCUGUGGGAUUCAACAACGUCCUGAACGUGGUCAACCUGGUGGUCUGGGUCUUCAUGAUCAUCGCCGGGCUCUUCUUCCUGUCCGCCAGCAACUGGGAGGGCGGCAGGUUCCUGCCCUACGGCUGGUCGGGGGUGAUGCAAGGUGCAGCCACGUGUUUCUACGCCUUUAUUGGCUUUGACAUCAUCGCCACGACUGGAGAGGAGGCAAAAAAUGCCAACACAUCCAUCCCUUAUGCCAUCACCGCCUCACUGGUCACCUGCCUCACCGCCUACGUGUCGGUGAGCGUGAUCCUGACUCUCAUGGUUCCCUACAACCUGAUCGAUGGCUCGGCUCCGCUCAUGGAGAUGUUUGCUGUGCACGGCUUCAUGUGGGGGAAGUACACCGUGGCUGUGGGCUCCAUCGCUGGACUCACCGUCUCCCUGUUGGGUUCCCUGUUCCCAAUGCCCAGGGUCAUCUACGCCAUGGCCCGCGAUGGACUGCUGUUCAGGUUCCUGACGCAUGUUUCAGCGCUCACACACACUCCUGCCCUGGCGUGCGUGGUGUCGGGGAGCUUUGCAGCCGUUCUCGCUCUCCUGGUGAGCCUGCGGGACUUGAUCGAGAUGAUGUCCAUCGGCACUUUGCUGGCUUACACCCUCGUCAGCGUGUGUGUGCUGUUACUGCGCUACCAGCCCGACAAAGACACCGACACACACCAGUUCAUCUCAGAGGAAGACGUGGACGACGUCAAGCAUCAGGACUUUGGAGACGGACCUACUAAAGAUGACAACAUCAUGACGGAUGGCUCGGAUCCAGAGGGGUCCUCCUCCUACCACACUGGUGGGACCGAGGGGGAGGGAGAUGACGCUGGUUUCCACACCGGACCCGCCUCUCUGAUGAAAAGACUUCUAGGUGGUCAUUAUUACACCCUGCGACUGCGGCUGGGAAUGCCUGAUUCAUCAGCACGCCCAACUCCUGCGUCUGGCCGGAUAGUCACCAGAUGCACCCUGUCCCUCUUCUUCAUGUCCUUUCUCUUCUGGUCCACCAUCAUAUUUGGUGUAGAGCAGGGCUCAGGAGCCGGAGCGGUGUUUUCAGGCCUGAUGGCCACACUGAUGGUGGGAUCACUGGCGAAGCUCUUAAUUCUCAUCAUACAACAGCCAGAGAGCAAGCUGAAGCUGCCCUACAUGGCACCAUGUGUUCCCUUUGUUCCCGCAACGGCCAUCUUGGUUAACAGCUACCUGAUGCUGAAACUGUCUGCGCUCACCUGGGCCAGGUUCACUAUCUGGUGUCUGAUAGGUCUGCUGAUCUACGGCUGUUACGGAGUUUGGCACAGCACCCUGGAGAUGAACGCCCGCGAGCAGCAGGCCCACGCCAGCUCCUACCAGCGCUACGACGACAACCUGGACGACUCCUUCGCCCCCGACGACGACGUUUACCCCCAGGAGCCCGACGACCGGCCCUACCAGGGCUGGUCUGCCCCGGAGGAGAGUCAGCACCGCCACCAGAACCAGAACCAGGACCAGAACCAGGGCGAGGGCGAGGAGGAGGAGCCCGGUCAGAGCCAGAGCGAGGAUGAUGGCGGUCAGCGCGGGUACCAGGCUGGAGCGGGAGUCCCGGCCACAGGCGGAGGCGGCAGGUCCAGGGGACGGACCAACUUUGGGUUUGAUGAUGAAGACGACUGAAGACGAUCAAAUCCUGCGAUCCCAGACCAAAAAGACUUUCUUAUUUAUAACCAGUGCGUUGAUCUCUUGGUUUCCUCCAUGUUGACGGAUGUGAUGAUGGACACACCGACAGUCUGCUUUUAACACCAAAAAUCAUCCCUCAGCAGAAUUAUUUUAUCAGUACGGUGUUCUAGUUUACGGUUUCCCACUCAGGAAGUGGCUGAACCACGGGUCACAGGUCACAGGUCACAGGUCACAGACUCUACUCUGACGUCUUACUGCUGAUUAAACAGGUUAUCAUUUAAAGACCCAAACUGGACACUUCUAAACUAAAAUAUUUUAGGUUAUUUGUGUGGAUAAAUCUGUUUAGGUGUGGACUGCUUCAUCCAGCUAUUCUUUCUUCAUCAUCUGCCUAACAGACACUUUUAAUUCAGACUUUUCUACCAGCCGCUGGUUCAGACAACACCAGUGUUUCUUUAUUUAACGAGUCUGUGGGCUGAUGUUUGCUUUAUUUACAGGAAACGACUGUUGGCCCGCUGAAUGCUUGGUUGAGUUUCUCUUCUAUAACCUUCCUUUGAGAUGCGACAGAUGGACUCAUCCUGGUUCUGGUUCUGCUGGAGGUUUCCUCCUGUUAAAAGCGUGUUGUUCCUUUCCCCUGUCGCCACGUGCUUGCUGUGGAUGAGGGAUUGCUGACUCGAUGGAUUCGUCUGGGUAUCCUUGAAUAGAUGUCUCUGUAAUAAAUAGUACUGAAUACUGCA